CCCGUCUUCUUCUUCCCCACCCCCACCCCACCAUUUCUGUCUCAUUGUCGUGCUCUAAUAAGAUCUUCCUCAUCAGCCGUAACAAUACCCUCCCGCGACGGCAGUCAUCACCGUCUCCGUCUCCGUCUCCAUCUCUCUUUCCGGCUUCCGCUCAAGCUCUCUCCCCAUCACCGUACCCUCGCCGGUUCCUUGACAUGUCUGCCUCGGAUCACAGGGAGACUUGCCGAUCGGACGGCAACGGCAAUGCCGAAAUCGGCUCGGUCGAGGCCGAUUAUGCUGAGAUCGUGGUAGUGCGUCACGGGGAAACGGAAUGGAACUCCGACAGUAGAAUUCAGGGCCAUCUAGAUGUUGAACUAAAUCAAGCUGGGAAACAGCAAGCAGCUGCAGUGGCUGAUAGACUUUCGAGGGAAGGCAAAAUUAAUUCAGUAUACUCUUCUGACCUUAAGCGGGCUUUUGAGACAGCACAAGCAAUUGUGACUGCCUGUGGCGGUUUGGAGGUAAUAAAAGACCCAAAGCUACGGGAAAGGAAUCUAGGAGAUCUUCAAGGCCUUCAGCUUAAAGAGGCAGCAAACCUUAAACCUCUGGCUUAUAAGGCCUUUUUGUCUAAUCGGACUGAUCAAGAAAUCCCUAUUGGAGGAAAAUUCUUGGUCGCGGUCAAACUAAGGCUACAUUGGGAGAAACCAGACCAUGCAGAGUUUUUAUCACUCACCAAGGUGGUGGAGAAAGUAUCGAUCAACUCUACCAACGAUGCACAUCUUCGCUUCAAAAUAUUGCGAGGAAGCACAAAGGGGAACGAGUAGUGGUGGUCACUCACGGGGGAGUAAUCCGAUCACUUUACCAGCGGGCUUGCCCAAGCAGACGGUUUGGGAAGGUAUUGAACACAUCAGUCAAUAUAUUCCACUUGUCUGAUGGAGGCAACAAGUGGGUCUUGCGAUCCUCAGGUGAUGUCAGUCAUCUCGACCGGGCAGGUUUUCUUGAGACGGGUUUCGGAGGGGAUAUAAAAUCUGGUUGAUUCCUUUAUCUUUGAACUCACCAAAUUUGCAUAUCGAAACCACAUAAAUGCUCGGCAUCAUCAAGAGUAACUUUCUUUCAUAGAUAGGCUAUGGAAAUCGGCAUAAGUUAUUGUUGCCUCUCUCUUGAUGUUUCAAAUUGUUCGAAGCAAGUUAUUGUAUGAUCAUCCUGUUAUUACCGAUCCCUAAUCCAAGACCAGGAUAAUAUUCGGAGGACUCUUCUGACCAAACAAAAAAUUAUGGAAUUGUCAGCAAAGUUAUUUGUUUUCUCU